AUGGGGAGUAAUGGAAAUAUCCCAGCAAACCUUCCAAUCUUUGAUGGCAAGAAUUGGGAUCAAUGGUGUUCCAAGAUGCGGGUCAUCUUCAACUUCCAGGAAGUGGGUGAUUAUGUUGAUGGUGGCUAUGCACAGUUAGGGGAGAAUCCAACGGAGGCUCAGCGAACUGCACACAAAGCGGCAAAGAAGAAUGAUCAAAAGGCUCUCUUCUACAUCCAUCAGUGCGUGAAUUCAAAGGUCUUUGACAAAAUCUCAGAAUCAAAAACCUCCAAAGAAGCAUGGGAUUUGCUAACGAAGUAUUAUGGUGGUGAUUCGAAGGUAAAGAAGGUGCGACUCCAGUCUUUACGACGUCAAUAUGAACUGCUGCAGAUGAAAUCUGAUGAAUCAAUUGCUGAUUACCUUUCAAGAUUGGGAUCUUUCACCAGCCAAAUGAAGAGUAAUGGUGAGGAUUUGACUGAGCAAUCGAUUGUUGAGAAGGUACUCCGCACAUUAACCCCAAAAUUUGAUAUGAUUGUGGUUGCAAUUGAAGAGACAAAGGAUCUUAGCCAAUUGAAGUUGGAAGAUCUGCAGAGCACACUUGAGGCUCGUGAAUUACGGGUCACUGAUAGAGAAGCAGAAACUGAGAUUGAACGAGCAUUGAUGGCCCAAUCCAAGAAGGGAUCCUUUGAUGAUAAGAAGAAGAAGUGGAAGAAGGGAAAGUUCAAGUCCCAGAAGGAAAAUUUCUCUAGCAAAGAGAAAUCUGAUCUUGAAGAUAGGCCUGAACCUUCUUCCACAAGAGGAGGUGAUAGUAGAAAGUUUAGUGGAAAGAAAAAGACCACUGACAGAAGUCAAGUUCAGUGUUUCAGGUGUGAAAAGUUUGGCCAUUAUGCCUAUGAGUACAAGAAAUUUAGAGGUGGUUCCAAUAAAGGAAAAACUCCCAAGAAGGCUGAAGAAGAAGCUAACUUGGUUCAAGAUGACUCAGACUCAGAUCCUGUAAUGUUGAUGGCUACAACCUGUGAGAGUGGUAAGGAUUCUGAAGUUUGGUAUUUUUGA